AUGACCCAUACCGCUCUCAAAAACGCAAUCAUCAAAUCCUUCGAUGAUUGCAUUAAUGAUUGCAAGAAUUGGGGGCUCGAACAUACCCUACAAUAUCUUGAAAAAUCUCACAUCAACUUUGAUGAAAAAGACUACCCAUUCAUCAAACAAGAAGUGAUAAAUAAGGCGAUAGACGUGCAUAAUAACCCGUACACUACGAAAACUGUCACAAACAAGGCGAAAUCGAUAAUUAAGAAACUUAGAAAUUCGUCUAAAAUAUCCAUGGAAGCCGUCGGAAUCUUUCAACGGCAAAAAAACAAAGUUGAACAGAAUCGGUUUUAUUACCGUAUGGAUAAGAACGUUCGGAAGAUAGAGACCACAAUUUCAUCAGUACAUGUUGGGGAAGUGAAAAGACGUGCUGAAACAUCUAACCAAGCCAACAAGCGAAAUCGCAUCAAUGACAUUGAGUCUCCAGAAAUUGAUAACGAUUAUUCAGAUAAUGAUGAAAAUAAGAGCGAUGAUGCAUUAUUACAGUCAGAACCGAAGGUUAGCAAUGAUAAUAAUCCUGCACAAAUGGUUAAACCUUGUGGAUACCCAGCCACUGCCACUGCAUCCACUACCACCGUGACCGAAGAAACUGAUGUUGGUGUGGAUAAUCGUCAGGUUUUUGUGGAGGUUGAUUUGCGGUUUCGAGAAUUUCAACAAAAUUAUCUCGCAAUGUGCGAUGAUAUGAAAUGGAAGCUUCCAUCCGGAAGUUAUGUUGAGGAUAUUAUUUUUAAUUACACAAAGGAUCUCCCUUAUGAAUGUCCAUUACAUAGUUUUAUUCUUGAUAUCGAAAACCAAAAUAUAAUGAAAUUGUUUAAUAAAGAAGAUCAAGAACAUAUCAAGACACACAAUGUUAUGGCUGACCCUGAAUUAGAGGACGGGCUAAUGGAAUAUCUUAUUACAUAUAAUGAAACUGAUAUUUCAAAGAUGAGGGAGAAAAUUAAUGCAGGGAUAGACAUAUCUCCAUAUGAUCCCAAAAAACACUUUGAUUAUCAAUAUAUCUAUCAAGUUUUUGCUAACCUCCUGCCCAGAUAUGAAUUGAGAUCUGCAGAUUUUGCUCGAGCACACUUGGAGGGAUGGUUCAACUCAAAUAUAUGGAAUAUAGUCAUUGACUCAUGCCUUAUUGAUUUACACGCAGUUGAGUUUAUCCGGGGAGAAGGAUGCUCACGUGCGUCAUCAGAACGAAAAAAUAAAGGAAGAGAAAGUGCAGAAACAAGGUCUAAAAUUGGCAGAAAGUGUGAUGGAAUUUUGCGAGAGCUUGCAUCGAUCGAAGAAUAUGCAGUUAGUGAAGAGGGAAAUCUUUUUGUGGGAAAAAGUGGAACGAAAUACUUAGCAGAUUGUGGGUUAAAAAUGCCAAAGGUCAUGAAAGAUAUGAUUAAGCAAAAGGUUAACAAGUGUGGAAUGGAUUUCGUAAAAUCCCAGCAUUUAGAAAUCGUUGGAUUCUUACAUUCGGCGCAAUAUUUACAGCAAGUCAUCAUGGACAUCCCAGCAGGUUAUAUAUGUCGACUUCGAAAAAGUCGUUCAUACAGGGUACCAUCAUUAUUAUUAGAAGUAGAAGAUUUAAUAUUUUUAAUUCAUGAAGUCCUCGUUGCCAAGCUUCGUAUUAAGCGAAAUAUAGAACUAUCAAAUAAAAAAUGCAAUAAUUUGAAAGAAGCUUUAAGAAAUAAACAGACCAAGAAGUCAGGACCUGAUAAUGAUUUGCCAGACAAUCAAACCUCUCCAUUGAAAAAGUCAAUUUACACUAUAUUAGCUUUUAAUUAA